UUCGCCCUCGCACGCGUUUAACGGCCACCGUUUGCAGUGCCGUCGGUCAUCCUUCCACAACAGUUGAAAUCUCGAUAGUUGGGAUUUUAUUUAAUUAAUUUUUUUUUACAUAAAAGUCCGUUUUGCGUACUGCCUUAUAGUCGUCGCGUCCGACCCCCCAGAAGAGAGAUAAAUUAUAUUUUAAAUAUUUCACCGGUCCGCUGCAGUCGUCGUCUUCGUGCUGUAAGCCCCCGUCGUUCGCAGAUAGUAGACUGCACACAACCAGCGUACCAAUGAUGUACAUGUUUUUAUUUUGCACAUUAUGCUCGGCGGUUUUGUGGUCUGCAUCUAUUGCCGGACAAGAUAUGUUAUUGGACGAACCACAGACAAAUGCAUUAGAUUGUAACAAAAAACUGUAUGCCUUCCAAGUGUCCAACACAGACAUAAAUGGCAGGUCAUGUUCCGACGAAAUUGAAGUGAUGUCUUGCUGGGGACGGUGUGAUUCUAACGAGGUGUCCGACUGGCGGUUUCCUUACAAACGUUCGCAUCAUCCGGUGUGCAUACACGGGGGCCGGAAGUUGACCAGGUACAUACUGAGGAACUGCGAGCCGGGAGUCGAACCAGGAACAGAAGUGUAUGUUUUUCAGCAAGCCACCUCGUGCAAAUGCCACGCUUGCAAGUCGUCCGAGGCGUCUUGUGAAGGAUAUAGAUUCAGAGAUUUUCAGUUUAUACCCUCCAAUGAAAUUUAAAUUGCCAAUGCGUUACCGCCGCAUCGAUGAGCUACUCUCUAUUAUUUAUAAUGUAAUAACAUUGAACCAUACCAAACGUAAUACAUUAUUUUACUUUGUCUCCUAAUAAAUAGUUUACC